AUGAGUUCUAUGAUGGAGGACCCUUGUGGACUUGGGAAGCCUGUAACAGAUCCCAAGGACGCAAAAGUCGACAUUGUCUUUGUUCAUGGCCUCAACGGCAACAGGAUCACGACUUGGACAUCUAAUCCUAGCGACGAAAACCCAGACCCUGUUUUCUGGCCUAAAGAUCUGCUUCCUUCUAAAUGUCCCAAUGCUCGAAUUUUCUCGUACGGCUAUAACGCCUCGAUUGCCCAUUUCUAUCCCCUCUUCGGACCAAAGAAUGUGCCCCCAACGAUGAGCAUUGGUAAUCAUUCAUCGGCUCUACUAGAUGACUUAGUUGGCGUCAGGAGCCGGACAGAUAGUAAAGACCGGCCUCUCAUCUUCGUAGCCCAUAGCCUUGGCGGUCUUGUCUGCGCUGAUGCAGUUUCCAAGCAACUAGGGGUCGACAAUGCCAAGAAAGACCUGGUAGCCAAAGUAUGCGGGAUGAUCUUCCUCGGGACACCGUUUGCUGGCUCCAAGCAAGCGAGGUGGGCAGAGAUAGCAAUUAAGCUAAUGUCUACCAUCUCGAAUACCAAUGAGAACUUGGUCAAAGACUUAGAAGAGAGAUCCAAGACUCUAGCUGAGAUCAACAGCAACUUCACCCAGCUAGUUAAAGCACGAGAUCGAACGCCCCACUGGAUCGAGAUUGCCUGCUACUUUGAGGGACUGCCGACGAUUGGGAAAAGGAAGGGCUCAGCAUUCAUAGUAGACAAGGAUUCGGCCACUCUACCGGGCAUCGCACCCGUCUCCAUCGAAAAGAAUCAUGUCAACAUGCCCAAAUUUGACGGAGAAUACAGACCGGGGUUCAUUAGCAUCUCAGACAAGCUGUCUAGGUGGAUCCAGGAUCUUGAUCGAAAAGAUGAUGAAGACAAACAGAAGGCUGGUGGCAUAAAUAUUGGCUCGACUAAUUACCAUGCCCCUAUUACUAGGAACGAUGGUGUUGUUGCCGCGACGAUUUUUAGUACCCAAAAAGACGGCUUGAGGACAGUCUACUACGGAAGUCAAAAGAACCGGUCUCGUUCGGACCAAAGCGAGAGUGACAAUGAAGAUUGA